AUGGAGAUCUUCAAGCAAUUGGAGAUUACCAUGCCCUUGAGUGAAGCACUGCAGCAAAUUAGUGCUUAUGUGAAGCACAUGAAACAACUCCUCAAUAAGAAGAAGAAAUAUCUAGAUGAGGAAACAAUUGAAGUGCAGGGCAAUUGCAAUGAUAUUAUGCAGAAGACUCUCCCUCCAAAAUUUAAAGAUCCGGGGAGUUUCAUCAUUCCUUGUACCAUUGGAAACUAUGAUAUAGGAAAGACUCUUAUUGAUUUAGGGGCUAGCAUCAACCUGAUGCCCCUAUCUAUGCUUGAAAAGAUUGGUGGUCUUGAAGUCAAGCCAACAAGAAUGAUGCUUCAGUUGACAGAUAGGUCCGUCAAAUACCUUUAG